AUGGCGGAAGAGAAGGUGAAAGAUGAAGCGAUGCAGAUCAUUGGAAUGUUUCAAAUUCUUCCCAGACUUGUCGUCUUUGAUCUCGAUUAUACUCUCUGGCCUUUUUACUGCGAGUACCGUUCGAAACGCGAAAUGCCGUCUUUGUAUCCACAAGCAAAGGGUAUAAUGAGUGCUCUGAAAGAGAAAGGAAUUGAAAUGGCUAUUGCUUCCAGAUCUCCAACUUCUGAUAUUGCUAACACUUUCAUUGACAAAUUGAAUAUUAAGUCCUCCUUCGUCGCCAAGGAAAUAUAUUCAAGUUGGAGUCACAAGACUGAACAUUUUCAGAAAAUACACACAAGAACAGGGGUGCCUUUUACUGCCAUGCUCUUCUUCGAUGAUGAGGACAGAAACAUUAAAUCAGUUUCAAAAAUGGGAGUGACAAGCAUCUUGGUUGGUGAUGGGGUUACCCUUGGAGCGUUCCGACAAGGGCUUACUGAGUUUUCUCAAAACCAUAACGCUAUCGAGAAGAACAAACAGGUCUGGCGAAACAAAUAUUCUGGAAAGGCUGCAUCAUCUGAGACGGGCAAAGACUGA